AUGCGAGGCUUUUUCGAGCAGGGAGAUGCAAGAACCAAAGUUUUCGUGACCGCCGCCACAAAAGGAGCCACUGGUCUCCAGAGGCAUUGUCUCCGAACGUAUCGUCACGGCGGCGAGUUCCAGCCCGAACUCACCAUCGCCCAAGCAUGUCACGCGGCGCUCGCCGCUUCUGGCCUCGUGGACUCGUGCUCCAUACCUGCAGCGGGUUUUAGCUAUACUGAGGGGUUACCAGCUUGGAAUAACCCCGUUCAGCAAGUCCUGGACGAGGCGAACGAGCUCUGGCCCGGGUGUCCUAUCUGGUGCCUGCUGAGCCUCGGCACCGGCAUUCCCCAGGGGGAUUCGCUACGCAGCUUACCGCGGCCCAUGGCGAGGCUCAUUUCGGAGUUUGCCAUAGAAGCCGCCGUAACGGAGCGUGUGUUUGAAACGGCCCACUCCGACUUAGUGAUUAGUGGUCGAUAUACUCGAGUUAGUGUCAGUAGAGGGUUGGAUGACUCUGAAUUACAUCCCGGCAUGCCCUAUCCCCUUGUCGAUCAGGCGACGGGGGCCUACAUCGAUGCUGAAGGUUCUGCGACCCGGCGGCGCGUGGCACUUAUUUUGAGACCCUACGAGCCCCCGCGGUCCUCCCCGCCUCCUCCCCCGGUGCAACCCGACCAGCAGGAGCAACCUGGGGAUGUUGCUUCCCCGCCCUAUGUCGAGGAUGAACUGGGCCCCGAAUCUUACGCGUCUGUUAUGGGUGAGAAGGAGGGCCCUUCAAACGAGAAGAGGGUCUGGUCAGAUGAGAAGGAGUGCUAG